CGGCGCGCAGGGCGCAUGCGCAGGCCCCGAGGAGGGCGGGGGCCGGAGCCUACUGGCGAGCGGGGUGGCCGCGGGUGCCUUGCUUGCCGUUACUCGGGAACUAGUGGUAGCUGCGCGGUGUCCUCGGCCUUUUCCUUGCCGGGGCCUGGUGCAGUCCUGCCCCACGACGCCGUCCCUUGCCCCGCGAUGAAGUUGAGCAGCCGCGGCCGAGGAUGCUGCGUGGCCGGCAGCCGGGAGCGCGGGCCGCCGCCGCGGAGCCCCUUCGUGCACCAACUGCGCCUCAGCCCCUUGGAGAAAGCUAAGAUUGCCUUCAUGACCUUGACUCUGUUUCCUAUCCGACUCUUUUUUGCUGCUUUUAUGAUGUUGCUGGCCUGGCCUUUUGCAUUCAUUGCUUCAAUGGGAUCUGAUGAGCAAGAGCUUGAAAAGCCCAUCUCCUGGUGGCGAAAGAUAGUGGAUGUUUUGCUGAAAGCAAUCAUGAGAAUGAUGUGGCUUGCUGGAGGAUUCCACUGGAUAAAUGUAAAAGGCAGACGGGCAUUGCCAUCAGAAGCAGCAAUAUUAACUGUGGCUCCCCAUUCAUCCUACUUUGAUGCCAUUCCAGUAACAAUGACCUUUGCCUCCAUUGUGAUGAAAGCAGAAAGCAAAGAUAUUCCUGUGUGGGGAACUCUAAUCAAGUACAUCCGUCCGGUGUUUGUAUCUCGGUCAGACCAAGAUUCUCGCAGGAAAACUGUUGAGGAGAUAAAGAGACGUGCUCAGUCUGAUGGUAAAUGGCCACAGAUAAUGAUAUUCCCAGAGGGCACUUGCACAAACCGAUCCUGUCUAAUUACAUUCAAGCCUGGAGCAUUUAUCCCAGGAGUUCCUGUACAGCCGGUGGUUUUACGUUAUCCAAACAAAUUGGACACCAUCACAUGGACGUGGCAAGGGCCAGGAGCGUUAGAAAUUCUGUGGCUUACCUUGUGUCAGUUCCACAAUUCUGUGGAAAUUGAGUUUCUACCUGUGUAUAUUCCUUCAGAAGAAGAAAGAAAAAAUCCAGCAUUAUAUGCCAGUAAUGUCAGACGUGUAAUGGCAAAGGCGUUGGGCGUUUCUGUGACAGACUAUACAUUUGAAGACUGUCAGCUAGCUUUGGCUGAAGGACAACUUCGUCUGCCUUCAGACACAUGCCUUUUAGAAUUUGCAAAGCUCGUGAGAAGCCUUGGGCUGAAACCAGAAAAGCUUGAAGGAGAUCUUGAUAAAUAUGCUGAACGUGCCAUGAAAAUGAAAAAAGAAAAGAUUGAUCUUAAAGGAUUUUCAGCAUACUUGGAAUUUCCAGUUUCUCCCACGUUAGAAUGUAUGUUUGCCCUUUUUGAUGAGAAUGAAUAUGGCAUAAUUGACAUACGGGAAUUUGUUAUUGCUCUGUCAGUUGUGUGUAAACCAUCCAAAACUCUGGAAACAAUUCAGUUGGCAUUUCAGCUAUACCAGUCAGAAAAUGGAACUAUACUAAAAGAGGAUUUAGCUCAUAUUCUGAAGACUGCCAUGGGUGUGCCACAGAUCAAUGUAACACACCUUUUUAGAGCUGUAGAUGAAGAAGAAAAGGGGGAGAUUACAUAUGAUGACUUCUACAGAUUUGCCGAAUUGCAUCCACACUUUGCAGAAAACUAUCUGUAUGCCGAUCAGAUGGGAGCUGAGAGUGGUUUGGAGACUUCAUCUCUUCCUGCUCCUAAUGGCAUCUGUACUGACUUCAGCCCUGAAAAUACUGAAGAUAAAAAGAAGCCCCUGCAGAAGAAACUGAAUUAAUACUACAACUGUUACCUUCCUCUCCUGGUGAGAGGAUUGUCUUUUCUUGGGAUUUUCAUAAGUCACUCCAAUUAUACAGCAAAUACCAGUUUUGUGUGUGAAAGUUCUCCCUUAAUACCAUUCUUUGAUUCAUAUGUGCUAUAUUUAUUAGUAUGUUCCAUGUUACUUUGGGGAAGGUGUUCUUAUUUUUUUUUCCAAAAAGUCUUUGAAAGGCAAGAAUGUGAAUGUGCUUCAUUAUUAAUGUUCAUAUUUAAAAGGAAGCGGCACACUUAUUUAUAUUUCAUUGGCUAGUUUCAUGUACAAAGUGUUGCACAAAUUGUGCAUGUAUAAAGAAACUGUAGCUACUAUGGUGUUAAGUGCACUUUGGUGAUUAGUGUUUUCCCUAGUUACAGGGAUGUUUUGGGGCCAAAUUUUGCUGUCCAUAUCUGCAUAGUCAGGCUUGUUGAUUUCAGUGGAGUUCUUCUCUUGAACAAGGCAAGCAUGUUUUUGGCCAUUCGUUUUGGUUUCAAUGAACAGUUCCAAAACAACAAUGCAAAGAAAUUUGCUAAGGAUUACUUGCUUUUUAUUUUUAUUGUUGAAUGACAGAAUUGUUUCUCUUUCAAUCCACUCAUGGUAGAAUGAAAAGGAAAGGCUGUCUCCCCACCCCCCCACCCCCCCCAUCCCCAACACUUUUCUUCUACUGUAAUCUUCUGGAUGCAAUUAAACUUGAAUUUUUUUUUCCAAACUGACAUACCACAUGUUGUUUGCAAACACAUGACAAAACUGUUUCUGCACUUUUCUCUUGAAACCUGUUCAGAUCUUGUCCACCCAACAUUUACACGGGAGACUUGUCAACAAUUAUAUUUAAUCUAAAGCUAUCAGAUUUCUUUUGUAGCAAGCCUGUAUACAGAGACAACUUAGCAUGGAAGAUGCUAUAAAACUUAGUUGUAUCAGCACAAAUUGGAAAAGGUUGCAGUUACUCCCAAAGCAAAGUGAGCAAAAAGUUGCAGGACAUCCCAAAGGAAUACUAAUUAAAGCUCUAUAGCAACAUUAGAUAUACUGUGUAUAACAUAGAUGUAACUUAAAUUAUUUUAGAACUCUUUAAAAGAAAUUUAAAAACAUUUGUAUUAGGAACAUUUCUUACAUCUUUCCUCUUGUAAAGCCAAAUGCCUUAAUUACGAAUGAAGAGCUCAGAGAGAAAUAUUGAAACAAUUCAAAAAACACAGAGCUCCGCAUAUUCAGAAAUGUGACAAAAGCCUCAAAGAGUAGGAAGAAGUGCUCUGUCACAAAACAACUGUGAAGGCAAGUCUGCUUCUGAACACCACCACCAACAGUUUACUUUCAAAUCACUUAUGUGACUAACCCUGCAGGGGCCACAUUAAAAUGAUGUUUUUGUGAUUGGAAAGCUGCCAUUGAGAUUUGGAUCUUCCCUAUGUUAGUAUAGCUUUAAAAUUAUAUUUGAAAGGGAGGAAUUUUGGCAGAAGGAAAUCUGUUUAUACCAAAUUUUUUUUUUUUUUUUUUAAUAGCAGGAAGCUUUUUGAAGCUCAUUAGGGUAUUGGAAUGUGUCCUUAGAAAUCCUUAGCUGCAUGUGGCAAGUUUCCAAACUGGGAGAAACUGGCUUUAAUAGAAAUGGUAUGGGGAAACAAAAGGUAAGAAAUAAUGCUUUCUAUGGGAUAGGCAGAGGUAUGCCCUGAUUUGAAGGUGGUGUAAUUAAAUUUUUGAUUUAUCUAAGUAAUGCAUGCCAAGCUGGAGGGUUGCAGCAGAUUGGCAGGCAGAAUUAGAACUAAAAACAGUCACCAAAGAAAGUCUUGAAAAAAUCGGAGAAACAAUUUGAAAAAUAAGACAUGUAAGGAACUACACUUAGGCAGGAGGAGUCUGCUGAUCAAAUACAGGAGGGAGCAGCUAUAACUCCAUAAAAAGGGCAGGGAGGGUGCAGUGUAUUGCACACUGAGGACAGUUAACUUGUUGCUGCAGCAAAGAUAGUCAUUAUAGUGGGAUGCGUAAAAAGUGUAGUCUGUGUGAUAUUUCUGGGUUCCAAGGAUUGAUUAAGGCCUUCCUAGAAGUACCUAUCCAUGCUGGGGCACUUUAGAAAGAUGGGAAGCAUUUGGAUGGAGUCCAGAGGACAGAAAAUAAUAAAAAGAUGGAAAGAAAUUUUUAAUCAAGGAUGAGGGAACUGAAGGAAGAUACAUGUACAGUUUUCAAAUACGGAAAAAGUUGCUUUAGAGAAGAUAGGAAGUUUUCUCCAUGUUCUUUGGCAGAUAGAGCCAAUUCAUUUAAAAGGCAAGUUAAGCAUUAGGAAAACUUGCAACACAUCUAAUUAAGCUUUGCAGCAGGUUGUCCAGGUGGGCUGAGGAGCCUCCCCUCAUUGGAGGUUCUGCAAACAGGACAGGCAGCUAAGGCAGAGACACUACUGAUUUUGCUGAGCAUGCCUUAGGGUUGUAGGAGUAGUUCUUCUGAAGUCUACUUUCUGAUAGUUAAUUUUUUUUAUAGAGUAGGUAUUUUAGUAUGCAAGGAAGGGGACACAAACUGUAGUUUAGGCAUCACAUCUGACCUGUAAGAUCUCUUAUGGCACUCCAUUGUGGCCCAAGACAGCUGCCCAUAAGAUAGAUGGUCAGGUUUUGCUGUGUAUGUGAACUUGGGGAGCUUAGGAUUUCAAAGUGCAGGAGAGGAGAGAGGGAUCUCUGGCAUGUUUGCAAACAAGAAAAAGAGCAGCUUAGCAUCCCAUGAAGACCUUGGGUGAGAGGGGGUCUCCAGAGAAAGGAGUGCUCUGCCCACAUCUAUGAAAGAACAAGGAAAUGUGCAUGAUGUUGGCUAAAUUAGAGUACACCUAAUUUGUAUGUAUGGUGCUUAUAACUUGGGCACCUCUCUUCUAAAAAGAAGCAAAAAGUUUGUUUGGUUUCUUACUUGGUUUGGUGAGGGGGUUUCUUUUUAAUUGGGGUGAAUGUAAUAACUGCAAUUGUAAGCAUGCAACUAAGCUGUUCAGAGUGUACGGCUUUGAAGGGUGCUGCAGCCUGCAGUAGAUGGGCCCUUAAACAUGACAUUGAGUGAUGAAGAUGCUUUAAAAACCCUGUGUGUCAGUUCUAUCCACAGAGCUGAAACAUUGCAGCAGCUGCAGUGCUGGAGAAGCCCAGAUGACCAGUGCUGCAUUUGCUUGGUGAACAAGCAGCCUUGGUGGAGUGACCAUUUAAAAAACAUCUAGAUUCUGUAAUGACUUCCAGCACUCAUUCUUUUGUGAGGUGAUUGAUGUAGGUAGAGAAAUAAUGUGGUAAAUAUCAGGAUGAAGACCUAAUCAGUUUAUAUGGAAACAUUCAAUGUCUCAGAAACAUUAAUAAAUGCAAUCCAGGGGAUUUCAGCAUCUGUAGUAUAUUGGACUACAAUAUUAGACUAGACUGCCUUGUAGUGACAGAAAAGCCCCACUACUAUAGGGUAGUAAACUCACUUUAUUGACAGCUGAGACGAGUAACACAUUGCAUUAACGUAGCAAUGUUCAUUGAAUUCAACUGUCAAACUCAGACUGCAGAAAUGUUUUAGUGGUUCCACCUAACCAGUCUUUUAAAAAGGCAUUAGACUAUGGAACAGCUAGAUUGUGAUACACUAAGUUUCAGCGUCUUGCUGGGCUGCAAGACCAGGCGUGAAAAGGCUGGACAGCUUCCUUCCCCCUCCACCAAACAUUGGUGUGUAAAGGCUUUCAAUUACCGGUUUUACACACACGUUUUAACUGAUGAUAUCAACAGCCCAUAAAUUCACAGCAAGACACACAAAGAAAUUACUUCAGUUCUUUACAGCAGUUUCACUUAACAAAUAAUCCUUAUAUAAAAAAUGCAGUGAUGCGAAGACUCUCGACAUUUGUCUCUAGUCAGCUAGUAGUGAUGAACGUUUUGCUACUUUUAUGUAACACUGCCAUCCCUUGCCAGUAGUGCUGUUACAACAGUCUGAAUUUUAUUGUAUGUUGUAUCAGAGAGACUCAACCAAAGCUUUGUUAUUCUGAUAUGGUUGAAAAAAAAAUGCUGAAUUUUUGAAGGAAUAUGAACACCAAAAUCCCCAAAACUUUGGAAAUCCAAGACAUCUAAAAAGUGUCUUUUUUGCUUCAUUUAUUUCUCUUCAAACAAACUUUUGUUUUAAAUUUUUUUUAUUUUAAAAGGUGCAAAGCAUGUUUAAACAAUUGUCUUCACCACAGGAAGGUAAGUUCUACAGUAGAUUUCUCAGAGUGCACUGAUCUCAGCAGAUACAUACUUCAAAAGGUAUUAUAGACAAUUCUAAAGCCUUAAUGGAGAAAUUAGGUUGUAUAUUUAGUUUUAUACCAGUGAAUUUCACUAUUUAUGAUAAUGCAUUUGUUUUAGUCAGAAUCCUCUUACUGUGCUAGAAGACAAGAAGUGUAUUUUGGCUGUUGGCUAAUCCCACUUUGAAGGUCUAAAUCCUUAGGUCACAGUUUAUUUGAAAUGCAGACACUUGUGCAGUAGGGAAGUGAUGCAAUAUCUUUAGAAGCAAAGCUACAGGAAGUAAAUAAUGACAGUUUUUGUACAUAGCUGUUUUGGGAGUAUUUUUAUGCACACUGAACAGGUUUGUUAACUAGUUUAAGCAUUGGGCUGGUUGGAAAGUAUAUUUUUAUUCAUAAUAUUAUGUAGUAAAUAUUUUUUUCCAGAAAAGAAAUUGUUGCACUUCAACUUCUGAAUAGUUUGAUAUAUUUUUCUGAAUUAGGUGUAUUUUUAUUGUUUAUGAGUUUCCUUCUAUGACUAUCUUUGGUAUUGUCAUUAAAUGAUUUUUCCUACAUCAUAUCAUUGCAUGGUAAGUCCAAUGUCUCACUGUUUCAAAACAGUGUUAAACUCCCAUUCUGCUUUCUGCUCCUUCAAAAAAGUGUUUUUGUAAAUAAAACUAAUUAAUGAGAAAGAACUUAAAAGAAUAGAUGCAGAACUUGAGUGGGGUGUCCUAUAGGUCCCAUGUUCUCAUUGACUGUAUAAACACAGCUUUGCAUCUAUUAUGGCACUUGAACUAGUAUGAAAAAAACUCACUUCUGAUAACUUUGACCAAGUCAAAUUAAUUUUCCUCUGGGUCAGUGUGGGUCAUGUGACCUUCCGAACUGUUGCACUAUUGCUUUCUGUUUAGAUUGAGACCUCUGCUUGGUUUCUAGCAGCACUCACAAGAGUGCUCUGUAAUUAAGCCCUCAGAGUGCUCUGUAAUUAAGCCCAGAAAUUACAAAUAUGUAGGCCAAGCAUUUUGCAUUAGCAAGCUCUAAGUUAGACUCCUAAACUCAUCAGAACACAGAAGUUCCCUGUUAACUGAGCACUUCAGAUGGUUGAUUACUUAGGUAUCUGGCUUUCAGCUAAUUUUGAAAACUUCAAUUGCCUAAUCACUGUGGCCAGAUCCUUACAAAAAAGGAGGAAGAGUAGGUCCAACAGUUUGAAAAUGAAAGUAGGAAUUUGUAACCAGUGCCAUUGUUCAAUUAGUCCAGCAAGACCUCAGGAUUCGGUUCACAGAUGAACAGGAAGACCAGGAUGGUUCUUCAGAUAUCCUCACUUUCUAGGCUAUGAUAUUGCAGUUCCAGCUAUGUACAGAUUAAGCCACCUGUUCCUCAGUCAGGUGACGAUUUCUUGAAGGUACUGCAACAUGGUGUAUCUAGGUGACUGUUCAGGUCACUGGCAGCACAGCUGGUGAUGAUCUUCUCCUAUGAAGACCAGAAAAAAACAUACACACCAUGAUGAGAACCUUGAAAGACAUUCUUAAAGAUAAAAUCCUCCAGCAGCACCUCAGAGGAACUAACACCAUCAUUGUGUGCUAUAGCUAAGGCACAAAACUUGGUAUACAAAUUAGUCACCUUUGAUCAAAAUGUGCAUAAAUGAUAUAAUAAUGAGAUAAAACUACAGAAAAGACAGCAGCAAAGAGAUCAUCCAUUAGAUAUGCUUAAACAUGCAUGUGAAUAUUUCCUCUAUCUCGUUGAUGUAGUUAUGAGAGUUUCAUUCCCAUUUUAUUUCAAGAUUUUAAUUAUUUUGUCUUUUGUCAGUGAGGAGUGACUUGUUUUGUAGAGGAUGGCUUCUUUUUCCCCAGGUGGGAUGAUGUGCUUCAUCAUGUGUAAUGGCAUCAAACUGAACUAGGCAAUAUUGAGAGAGCAGAAAGUUUAAAAGGCUUAUAAAACACAAGGUUUAUGUUUCUGUGAAAUAGGAUGAGACCUUUUUUGCAGUAGUUGAUAGUCUGCCUAGUGGCAAGUAACUCUUGCAAGUUCGUUAUGCAAAAUAAUUUUGCUAGUUUUGAUAGCAGAGGCUGCUUAUUGCAUUUCCUUUAGCAAAGUGGCAUAGCAGAGCACUUUUUCAGUCUAACUUUGGAUGGCCAUCUGUAACAGGUAAAGAAGCAGGGUGCUAAUCACAAUUUUCAAAGGAUCAGUCACACUGCUAAGACUAGAAAGGGAAACAGUAGAAUCACUUCAGCACAGACUGCACCCAAGUAAGCUGUUGCUGUUGAGAUAAUCAGCUUACAUGUAGUUUCAUACCAGCACAACACAUUUCUUACGCUUCUUGAUUCUGAUCUAAUAUUUUCAUAGGGCCACAUGAACGUGCCAGCUCAUUUGAGGUUAGCUUGGGGAUUUCUAAGAAGGUGUUGUAUAAUAACCUGUGGACAUAGUGUUAUAAGUCAGUUCUUUCCCUUUGAUCAAAAGUCUUAGAAGCAAGACAAAAGUCACAUUAGUUUUUGUAAUAGUACAUUUUGAUACUAUGAACAGGUGCUAUUUGAGAGUACCAAUUCUGAGCCAAAGAAUCAAAAGGAGAAAUAUUAGGCGGAACCAGAAAGUUGUAAUCCCAUAAAAAACAGCACACGAGCAAAGCUUCCACUUUACAGCUGGCCUUCUCCCACAGUAGAGAAGAAUCUUAUUUUGUCCCUUGAGCUGGUGGAUUUAGUCUUCCACAUCCCUAGCUCUUGCUCGUGCUAUCUGUUCUGCUGUUGCAGUUUGGCUGCAGCCUGAAGCAGACCUCACCUCUCUUACGCUUCAUUCACAGACUUUAGGUGAACAUUAAGGUUGUGUUCUGCUAAUGUCAACUGAAAUUGAAGGCCUGUGUACUGCGUUAGCUUGUGUUUAUGUCUUCAUAGGAUUAGUUUUUCUUUUCCCGCAGUUCAACCAUUGCGGGUAUGUCCAGGUGACAGCAAGCUUGAAACUGCUUAUAAGAAACUUAAUGUUUCUGUGAACAAUAAGAAAUUCAAUUUUGAAAUCUAGUAUAAUGAAACCUUGAUUUGGAUAGACUUGGAUUGUGUAUGUCACAUUGGUAUGUGCCUGUUUACCUCCAAGUUCAGAAUGCAGUGUGCAAAUAGGAAACCAGUUCUCAUCAUGGAUAGUGAAGAAAGUUGAACCUCAGAAACUUUUCAUCCUACCAUGGUAUUGGAAAUGAAAUUCAUCUGAUGAUAGGUUAUUUCUAAGUGUGUGAAUGUAUAUUGGGAAACCCAAAUACAUGUCUUUUAUUGACUAUCCAGCAUGAAGACAAUUUUGUAUUUUAAAUGCUAAAAAAACUUGUAAAGAUCUUGUAUGCCCUAAGUAUAUAUUUUUGUCCUAUGUUUUCUUUAAAGUUCAAGCAAAAUAUUUCUUGUAUUUCAGAAGGAAGAUUUAAGUUAGCCAGUAUUGUACUUUCCAGACUACAGAAGCAGUUUUAAGUAAACAGCUAAAAUUGAUAUUGUAUUUUUUAGAUAUGUGGAUCAGAAUUCCUUAAGUUAAAUAUCACUCCUUUUCAAUUGUAUAUAUUUAGACAAAAAGGAAAACAGUUGCAGCUGCUUGUCCAUAUUGUUGUUUGUGUUGGUGAUUUGUUUACAUUGCUUUCUGUAAUUGCUCUAAGGAUAUUAAGAGCUCCAUGUAUAUCAGUAAUUUUAGAAAUAGAAAUCAGAAGUAAAUCUCUUUAAAAGUGACAGAUUUUGUAUCCUGAAGGAGGACCAAGACUAAGCAUCUGCUAACUUUGUAUUAUGUACUAUUUAACUUCAGUGUUACGGCGGUGUGUAGAAAGUAUCUAACAUCUGUUCAAUGGGAUCACUUUCUAAACUUUUUUGUAACUCCUAGCAUCUCUCCAAGUAUGCAAGACAUUUCUAAUUUGAUCUUGGAUACUAAUUGAUCUUUUUUUGGAAGAAAAGUUACCAACAAGCUGAGAAAUAAUUCAGAAAAAAAAUUUUUGAUCUCUCGAAUUACUAUUAAAUAGCAUUGAGGAUGUCAUUUAUAUAUUUUGAAAAAAUAUUGCUAUGUUUUUGGACAAACUGAGAAUUUAAAUGCAAAAAAAAAGUUAAUCUUUUAAAAAAUCAAAUUUGGAAAUCAUCUUUUACCACUCCUGAAUCCCAUUCAGACACUGCCAUGAAGACGAUAUGUUUAGUUGGACCAACAACCUGUGCUUAUGGAGCAGGAAAUUAAGUUUUGUGUGAACUCGCUUAGAAGGUAUUAUGUGCUUGUUUCAUCAGUGGUACUUCUGAUUUCAGAGCUGCACAGGCAGACCUUGUGUGUUUAAAGGCGCAUAUUGGCAGCAAGUUUUUUAUUACAGCCCUUGGAUAUGCAGUGUCAUACCUGUAACAAUAUAUAGUGCUAAUGGAUAAUAAUGAACUCGAUACAUAUUUCUGCUGUAAAUUUUCCUGUUAACAGGCUCCUAUGGUGUGUGUAUAUAGACAGUUAUCUUUGCACUGAAGUGACUAUCCUUCAGAAUUGGAAAGCAAAAAUAAGUAGUGUACUAAAGAUGAUUAUAGCUUGUGGUUCCAAUGGUGGAGAUGCUUGGAAUGGUUAACCUUUUGCAGAAUGAAGAGUACGGCUUCAGUGCUACAAAUUUGAUUUUUAUAUUUUUUAUUAACAUGCAUGGAAGACUAAGGAUACUAUUUUUAAAAAAUGAACUUGUUUUUGUACAUUUUUUCAACGUUUAAAAUGAUAUGAUUUAACAUUACCUCUGAAUACCAGUGAUCAGUAAUUUCUUAAAGGAAAUACCUCAAUUUGAGCAUUAUUUUCUUGUUAGUUGUCUGAUAGGUCGAAACGGACUGUAGUGUGGAAUGAACUAGCUGAGCCAAAUAACAAUGACAUAGAAGCUUAAACUGUGCUGUAAGUCAUAUGAUUUACUAAAAGGUAAUUAAGUGAUACACUACAAGAGUUGAUGCGCAGUAUACAAUCAUGGCUCAUUCUGCCCAAUUGGACAUUUUCCUUGUGACUGGCUUACUGUAAAUUGAAUUUUCAGCGUGAAACCAAAUUAAAAACAACAAAAAAUG